AUGGUCUCUCAAGCUAGUUUCACGGUUUUACAUGACGCUAUGGUCACGCGGUACGGUGAGAGGAUGCUGGAUGAUGGUGUGGUAUCGUACAGUCUUCUUGAGAGCAUGGGAAUGUGGAUUGGGGAACGACUAGGGAAACAGGCAGUUGAUGCGAUGUAUCCAGAACAGAAAGCUGCUUUGGAGCGUGACGAUCUUGCUGUGAAGAAUGUUUGCAAGCAUCUGUGGUUGCGGCUUUAUGGCAAACAAGCCGACCGUCUGCAGACCGAUAACCGAGGUAACUAUGUUAUUCAUGACUAUGCGUUCGCACCAAUAGAGGAGAUGGUCAAAGCCGGUGUGAACUACAACGACGUUGAUGCGACACCUCCACACGUCAUCAAUCGGAUCGAGCAAACAUUGGAGCUGCCUAAGGGGAUCAUUGCGGGCUAUCUAUCGGCUCUUGGUCAUCCAUGUUACGUGGGAUACUUCGACAUCACGGAGGCGCCGGUCAUCGGAGGCUGCUGCUUCAAGGUUACUAUGGCCACCGAGCAACAGCCGACCACUCGUGAUUCAGUUGAUAGCCCCAUUGGAAACCAAAAUCGUCCUUAG